AUGACAGAGUUCUGGGUCAGCCAGAGCAACAAAUGGUGCGAGUACUGCAAGUGCUGGCUCAAGGACACCGCCCAGUCGUGGGCGGUGCACGAGCGGGGCACUGGGCACCAGGAGAAUGUGGCGCGCAAGCUGCGCGAAAUGCGGCAGAAGCAAGACAGAGAUAAGCGGGACGAGGAACAGCUGGCGGCUGCAAUGGACAGAGUGGAGCAGGAGGCCCAGCGGCAGUACAAGGCAGACCGUAAGGCAGAGGAGGAGGCGGUCAAGGCGCGGCUGGGCGAGUGGGUGUUCAACGUGGAGGCAGGGUACUACUAUAAUGCGGUACAUCGAUGGUACUACGACACCAAGACACGCAUGUACUAUGGAGGGAACCCAGUGGAGUGGACCGACAAGCCCACCAUGCCACAUGAGGCGCGAUACGAAGUCAUGAACAAGCCGCCACCGGUGCCAGCAGCGCCAGCGGCAGCACGCUGCAGCAGCGGCAGCGGCCCGGCAGCGGUGGCAGGGCAGAAGUAUGCGGUGGCAGGCAGCCGGGUGGUGAACAAGCAUCCACUCUCAGAGGUGGGAGGCUACCAGCUGCAUAGCAUCCAAGGCACCAUUGGCGGCGCCAAGGGCGUGGGCCAUGCCUCGCGCGGCGGCAGCAGCAGCGCAGGCGCCGCAGCAGGCACAGCAGCGGACGCCAAGCGCAAGCGGGAUGGCAGCGCGGCUGGUGGCAGCGGCAAGGAGCUCAGCAAGGAGGAUCGGGAGUUUCUGGCAAGGCGGGAAGCGGCACGCCAGCGGGUGCAGCAGCGCACGGCGGCCAGCUUUGGUCUUACAUGA